AUGAACACAGCGUACAACAUCGACGUUGUGGCAUAUCCUACCAAUGUUUGGAAGCUGGGUACUCCUGGAACCGAUUGCGAGGAUUAUGGGGCAAAUGGCUUCCGCUUAGAUGUUGGCUGGGGUACCACACCCAUGGUGAACCUGGGCAGCCAGGGUGCGGCUGAAGUUACUUUGGGCAUUCCGAAGCCUCCAACAGCUGUGAACAUGUACUGGACUGCGACUUCGUUUCGAAUCGAUCAGGACCAGCUACCACAGGAACCAUUCACGGUCUUCAGCGAUAGACCCGUGAGUGUCAUGGGCACGCCUACCGGACGAAUAGCAGCGUUUGAGCGUGGUGACGUCAAUGUUGAGCAGUGGGUGGUCCUGGAGUUCAAGCCCGGCAAUACUGUCAUGCCUGGCACAGAAAUGUCGGGCAUGAUUGUCAUCAUGCCGCCGCCAACCUUCACCAUCGUUGCCAGCGCUGCGCCGCAGCUGCCUUCCACGACCUACAAUGAGCGGUGGGUGUGUCCCUUGGCAGACACGGCACCGUUCAAGGAGACCACGUAUGGAGUCAGGCUGAAGGCACGGUUCGGAUCCGCCUUUGACGGCUGGAACAAAAUCGAGCUUUGGGAGCAAGAUGCUGCGAAGCCAGUGGCUGCCACCCGCGGGAUUCGAGGAAUGGAAGUGUCUGGCCCCAUGCAGGCGGCUCUGUCCCAGGAGAAACAGCUUCUGGGCAGCAUCAAUACCAUUCGCUUUGACAUCAUUCCUUCGCAGCCAAUUGGCAAUGUUCCCAACACUCGACUACGGGUUGUGGCUGGGGCCGCGGCAUGCUGUAGAGUGGCUCGUAGCUUUCAGGGAGUCUGA